AUGAUAGAAGUGAAAGGAACUCCCAUCAUUAAAGGUUCACGAACAAUGCAAAUAACUGGCUUAUAUAAAGGAAGGGCAAUUAUUAUAAAAGACUCUUACAGUGUUAUAAAUAAGAAGCUUAAACUAUUUCCUGCUAUGUUUAACUUACAAACAGGACCGAAAGAAGUAUUUCCUUACAACUACUACAGCAGUACUUUGUUAGCAAAUGACAACAGAACUGGUGUCAUUUCUGAAGCAUGUAAGUUUAUCCGGGAUGCAGAUGCAUUCAUGAAAAACAUAGAUUCCAUCAAAGGUUGCAGAAUAGAUGAGAACCAUUUCGAUUUAGAAAAGUAUAGCACAUUUUAUUGCAAACAAGAUGUAAGAAUUUUAAGAGAAGGUUUUGUUAAGUUCCGCAAUGACAUAUUGAAAGAAUUUGAUUUAAACGUUUAUGACUACGUUAGUAUUUGUUCAAUUGCUAACAAAUUAUUUGAGAACAGAGUGUACUUCCCGAAUGGAAAUUUAUAUGACCUCUCAAAUAAACCAAGAGAGUUUAUUUCGAGAUGCAUUCAAGGUGGAAGAUGUAUGCUGUCAGAUAACAUUAAACAAAAGAGCGAAACGAAACUCAUUGCUGACUUCGACGCUGUUUCAUUAUAUCCAUCAGCUAUAGCAAGACUUUAUACUUUAGAAGGUAUUCCAAAGGUUAUGAAGAAAGAAAUGUUAAGCACAGAGUAUCUCAUGAGACAUUUAUUCGAUGACGACCAAAAGGAACCCAUUGGUGAAAAGUUUAUGUCUGGCUUCUUUGUUCUCAUUAAGAUAACAGAGAUUGGAAUACAUAGACACUUUCCUUUAAUAGUUUGUGACCCUGAACUAAAUCCAGAACUUAACGUUCCCAGAAGUUCAAACACUUGCUGUUUAAUGUAUGUUGACCAUAUAACAUUACAAGACCUCAUAAAAUAUCAAGGUGUCAAAUGUGAAGUGUUGCAAGGAUACUAUUACGAUGGAAACAGAGAUAUUAGAAUAAGAGAUGAAGUAAAGAAGUUGUUUGAGUUAAGGUUAAAGUAUAAGAAAGAAGGAAAUCCUUUGCAAGAAAAUAUAAAGCUCAUUCUGAACAGUAUUUAUGGCAAAACUAUUCUAUCUCCUAUUGAGUCAAAAAUAACCAUAGUAAAUGACAAAGAUGCUAUAAGAUAUGCCAUCAGAAACUACAACCAUAUAGUGAAGUUCGAAGGUUUGGAUGGUUCAGAUAAAACUAUUUUCAAGCUAACGAAAAGCAUUUGCAGACACUUUAACUUCUGUCCACUUGGUGUUAACAUUCUGUCUAUGUCGAAGAGAAUAAUGUGUGAAGUAUUCUGUACUGCUGAAGAUAUGGGUCUUCAAAUAUUUUACCAGGACUGCGAUAGCAUGCAUAUUUUCAAUGAAGACAUCCCACUGUUAGCUCAGGAAUUUCAGAAGAGAUACGGUAGAGAACUUAUUGGUAAAACAUUAGGUCAGUUCCAUUCUGACUUCGCAGAAAUAACACCUGGAAAACAAAGUUUAGCAUACAAGUCAAUAUUUUGUGGAAAGAAGACUUACAUAGACUUACUCACGAAUGAUUUAAAUGAAGUUGCAUUUCAUGCACGUUGUAAAGGU